GAACAUGCGGAAUGCCUUUUCUUUAUAUAAUAGAUACUCAGAUACGACCACGAAACAUCCUUUGGAUGCAACAUCGAGGGGCGAUUAUCGUCUUGGCCAAAUCCCGAGAAGGAGAGGUGAGAGUAUUGUUGUCACCAGUGUACUGCAUCUGCAUGAAGCCUUAUUGUGUAUCGUGCACCUGGCGGGACUUGGAGUGUAUAUGAAGAGACGGAACGUCCUCGACAAUGAUGCGUAUGUGCAUGUACCAUAUACAUAUCAUCUUCAAUUCGACGCGCUGCCCCCAAUUCACAUCCAGUCGAUUGACUCCUUUUGUUUUAUCUCUUUAUCACAUCACCACAUCCACAUCACAACCAAUCAGUCACAGCUUGAUUUGAUACCAAGAACAUCCUCCGCCUCAACUUAUUAAUAAUUCCAAUCGAGCUCUUUGUUUGACCCUCGUGCUCUGACACUGACUCUGGGUUGCUGUCGUGCCAUACGAUACCUCCUCCUCCAUAUCACAAUCGACAACCGCAACUCGAUGCGACUCAAGGAGUUCUCUCUCGCAAACCUCGACCGUCAGAUCAUCAUAUGAGCUACCGAAUCCCAUCAUAGGCACAAGCAAAAGCACAAGCACAGGCAGGGCACACGCAUAGGCCCUUUACUUAUUCAUCUUCCUUGUCAUCGUCAUCACCACCAACCUUUCAUUCGUCAAUGAUAUUCGUCCACGCGGCGACUGCUCAGACUUGGUAGAAAAUUUGAAUGGCUGAGAACGGAUCAACACCCACAUAUUCCGUAAGUAAUCAAUUACCAAGGUACGGUGCAGGACGCAGUCUAGUCCCUCUUCUCCUUAUUACCACCAUACCAUCCUUGGCCUUAUCGCAUUUUCCAAAUCCAGGUCCGGCCCAAGAAAAGCUAAAACCACGUCAAUUUUGCCCAGUCGUUACACAGCCGCCGUCCCUCAAUACUUAUCAUUCGAUAGCUUGAGGGCCAAAAGAAAGAAGAAGAAGGCGAAGAAAGGAGCAAACCGAAAAGGCUGAUUGCACUUCUCUUCAUCAAUACAUUUGAUCGUCGUCUUCUAUUCAAGCCAAGCAAUCUCACAAACUUGAUCCCAACAUACGAAAACAUUAUCAAACAUCUUCAGCGAUUGUUUGAAACCUCAAUUGUCAAAGAGGACGAAAGUACCUCGAAUAUCAACAGCCUUAUAUCCUUCAGCCAAUUUCUAUCGCAGACUUUGGUUUGAUCAUUCAAUCCCAUCAGAUCAUCAUGGGACUUUUUACAUCGCCUACGUCCUUUCGACUGGCCAAUCUAGCUGCCAAUAACGAUGUCGGCGUAUCUUCCAUCUCAACACGAUCCCUAACAGAUGUCGCCUUCGGCACUAUGGCAAACGAUCAUUCUUCACAUCCUGCCCUUGGCCAUCUAAUAUUACUAGUCUUCGAAGCCGUCUUGGAAGUCGUAUGUGUCAGUUUACCAGGUUAUAUUGUGGCAAGGCAAGGAAUGUUCGAUGCAGACAAACAGAAGUUUGUAGCGAAUUUAAAUGUUGCUCUCUUCACACCUUGUUUGAUCUUCACCAAACUGGCAUCCCAAUUAACGGCAGAUAAAUUGGUCGAACUUGCAGUCAUCCCGGUUAUCUUCAUUGUGCAAACAUUCGUAUCGUAUCUGGUCUCGAUAGGGGUUGGUAAAGCAUUCGGACUUGGAAAAAGACCUGCCAACUUUGUUACUGCUAUGGGUGUCUUCGGAAAUUCAAACUCUUUACCCAUUUCACUCGUCAUUUCGUUGUCGCAAACAUUAAAAGGUUUGCAUUGGGAUAGAAUACCUGGAGAUAACGACGAUGAGGUUGGCGCAAGAGGUAUCCUAUACCUUCUCAUCUUUCAACAAUUAGGUCAACUAGUUCGUUGGAGUUGGGGUUACCAUGUUUUACUUGCACCACCCGAAACCUAUAAGGAUGAAGAAGAAGGACGGUACAGAGAUGAACCUCUUCUAAUCCCUGGAUUGGAUGGCGAAGAUGAUAAUGAUGAUAACGGUGAAUCGUCCUCAAACUCUUCUAAUUUCGGUGGCAGAACACCAGUCACUCACGCUUUACAUGACAAUUCCGAUGAGGAAGAACCUGCGAAAAUACCUGGUAUCUUGGCCACGCCUACAAAUGGAAAUCACUUACCGGGUGACAAUGAUGAUAUUACUUCAUUCCCAAGCAUUCGAACACCACCGUCUGAAGAGGAAUCAGAAAUUCCAGAUGGAAUCCGAGGUUGGGUCCCCAAGGCAAAAUUCCACACUAAACGAACCGUCGCUAAAGCAUCUCAUCAAACCUAUCAUGCUUUACCAACUCCUGCCCAAAGAAUUUUAACAAAGGUUUCAAAUUCUGUCAGCAAAUUCUUGAAUGGUCUUUGGGAAUUCAUGAAUCCACCGCUCUGGGCUAUGCUUCUCGCUGUUAUUGUCGCAUCUAUUCCCAAACUUCAACACCUUUUCUUCGCCGAGGGAUCUUUCAUCGCUAAUUCCGUCACACGAGCCGUUUCUCAAUCAGGAGGUGUAGCCGUUCCUCUCAUCUUAGUCGUUCUCGGUGCGAACCUUGCUAGAAAUACACUUCCUCAACAUGUUCUCGACGAAAAUUCAGAAGAGAAUCAAAUUGGCACAAAACUUCUCAUCGCUUCCUUGAUCUCCAGAAUGUUACUUCCAACGUUGAUCAUGGCACCACUUUUAGCUUUGACUGCAAAAUAUGUUCCCGUCAGCAUAUUGGAUGAUCCAAUUUUCGUUAUCGUUUGCUUCUUGUUGACAGGUGCACCUAGUGCUUUGCAAUUGGCGCAAAUUUGUCAAAUCAAUGGAGUUUAUGAGGGUGUGAUGAGUAAAUUACUCUUCCAAAGUUAUGUUAUUUGGAUCUUGCCAAGUACAUUGAUUUUGGUUAUGUGUGCGUUGGAGGUUGUGGAGUGGGCUGCUUAGGUUGAGUGUUGAUGAGGGGAGUGCUUUGAGUUGCGAAGAUGGGAAAAGACAUUCGAUUGGAGAUUGAAUUACAGGGAGAUGAAAGUGAAAUGCAUUCACGAGUCAAGUGGAUGGGAAAUUCGAAAUGAAAAGCAAAAAAAAAUGUACACGAUAGGCAUACACGGAUGAAGCUUGCGCUGGGAAAAUCAUGUUAACUGUAUAUUAAUUUGGUGGAGGAAAGGUUGCAUCAGCGUGGCUCGGCGUUUUUGGGACAUCAUAUUAUUUGAUUUUGAUCGAUGCGUGGUAUGGCAAUGAUCUACUUUGUAAUGCGCGCAUGUAGGUUGUGGGUUUUUGGAGUGGUACAGCUAGGGGGAACGGUAGUAGGGGAGAAGAGAGGAGGAAGUUCAAGAUAAUACCAUGAGAUACGUUUGAGAAGAAGUUCAUAAUAGAUACCAUACAUUCAUGCAUAUAUUCAUUUAUAAAUUUUAACAUCCAUGCA